AUGGCGUCCACGGUCGACCUGUUUGCAGAAUUUCUUCGCCUUAGGUACCCAACGCUGUCGGCAGAAUUUUUAGAAUUCAAGACCCAUCACGCAGCAAACUCGCCGGCGGUCUCCGUUGCCCCCGUCGCUCCUGCGUCAUCCAUCGCGGCCUCCGUCACGCCCGCCGAUCUCGUGACCCCGAUACUCGCGCCCAAAACUUCUGCGUCGACCGUUGCAGCUUCCGCCCCAACCGUGCCCACCUCGAUGGAGGAGAUAUUGGUGGAGGUGGUGGAGCGCACGACGGACAAGGAGAACGCGGACCUGCGGCGGGAGCUGGACCUUAUGCACGCCCGCUUUGCGCAGGUGAGCGAAGAGAACGGCCACCUGCGAGCUGAAAACGGUCAAAUCAAGGUUGACAUGGCAGAGCUGCGCACGCUGGUCAAUGACCUGAUAGAGCAGCAGCGCAGCUCGGCCCCCGUUCCCCCUCCGCCCGAAGUGGAAGAUGAAAGCGAGGCCGAAGAGCUGAGGCGGCGCCUCUUAAUCUUGGAGGCACGCCGCUCCAAGGUGGAGCGUGCGAGGCCGCCCCUCGCUCACGAGGCGAAAGGCGCUGCCCCCAUACCGGCACCCCGAAAGAAAAUGGCCGCAAAAACAUCUGGCGGUCCCAAAAAGGAUGCGACACCAGCGGCACGUUCGGCCGCUUCGGCUGCUGCUCCGGCCAAACCCGGAUCAUCGGCAAAGGAUAUGGGGGCACCAAAACCCGCCCCCUCAAGGGCACCUAUCACCGGCCAGCCCAAGACCCAGAAGGCCGCUCCUGCCCCUGGUGAGUACUAUAACCAUAACAUGCAAUACAGCGACCAAAACUACGAGUAUACGCCAGAUAUGUCGGGAGAAGAAUCAAAUCAACAGGAUUUUCUUCAGGACGAGGACCAAUCGAACCUCAGCUGA